GUGGAUGCGAGAGGACCGCGCCGUUAUGGCUAUAGCCUCGCGCAAGGCAAGCAGCAGCAUUCUUCAACAGAAGAACGCAACCAUCGACUGUCCUUCUUCGUCAAAAUUGUGAUUCAUAACUGUAACACAACAGUGUGAUGAGAUUGUUUUCCUGUUGGCAAUGGGGACUGUUUGGUUACUGAUGGGAGCAUGACAACACAGAAGCUCACCUCGGCAGUCCCAGGUGGUGAGGGCAAAGGCGACGGAGAACCUGGGACUCUGUCCGAGCCGGAAGACGGUACACAAGCCCACUGUAUGCGCGGAGCAGGCCACUGCAAGUGGUUCAACGUGCGGAUGGGCUUCGGAUUUAUAUCGAUGACCAGUCGUGGAGGAUAUCCUGUUGAUCCUCCCCUGGAUGUAUUUGUACACCAAAGCAAGCUGCACAUGGAGGGCUUCCGCAGCCUGAAGGAGGGGGAGGCCGUGGAGUUCACCUUCAAGAAGUCCUCCAAGGGCCUGGAGUCCGUGCAGGUCACGGGGCCAGGAGGAGCACCCUGUGUGGGCAGCGAGAGGAGACCCAAAGGGAAGAUCGUGCUGUACAAACGGAAGCCAAAGGGAGAUCGAUGCUAUAACUGUGGAGGUCUGGACCACCAUGCCAAAGAGUGCAGUCUCCCACCCCAGCCAAAGAAGUGCCACUACUGCCAGAGCAUGUCACACAUGGUGGCCCAGUGCCCCCACCGGGCAUCUAUGCCUGCUGCUGCUGCUGCUGCUGCCACCACAAGCACUCAGGGAAGAGCCGGCACUGACCUCCACACCUCCGGGCCCCUGGCCAGCGCCCACCAGUCUUCACAGGAGGCCUCCCCCAGCAGCAAGUCCUCCAGCUCACCUGAGGAGGGCCUGCCCAGGACCUCCACCGCAGCAGCCCACAGGAGGAGGAGGAGGAGGUGCUGAGGAGAGGGUUGCUCCUGGCCUAACUUAAACACACACACAGACGCAAACACACACACACACAUGUGUAUGCACACACUCACCUACAUGUACACUCACACACACAUACACAACAAUCUCAUCCACAUACAUGAAGGUGCUAUCUGUUCUGCCUUCUGCCCAUAGAUCAUAGCCCACUACACAUCUACCUCCCAGUGAUUCCACAGUUUGUCAUGAAUAUCCAACAAUGACAAUAAUACUCACACUGCUACUGCUGUCUCACUCAUACCACAAGCAUAUCAGACUAGAUGAAUGUUCCUGGAGACCUCAAGGCAAAGUGAUUUGUCAUGACAAACAAGCAACAAACCAACAGGAUCCAAGUAGAAGUGUGGAUGUUGUUAGUUGACCGCAUCUUGCCUGAACUUUUACCUGAGCUGUUGUGUUGCUUACUCGGAUUUCGCCAAGUGAUUUCCUUAUUGUUUAAACCAGCGUAUCCAUUACGGGUUCAUGGGCAGAAUCUCAGUGGUUAACGAAAAACAAACAGAGAUCUUAAAAUCAUCCUCACAGUUUGCCUGAAGCACUCUUAAUCGACGCGUGAGACAAUCAGCGCAGAGGCUAGGCAGAAACCAAAGGACGACAACUCUGGCGACAAUUUCACCCCCUCGGAGAGCACAGGAUGCACCAAGAGGUCUUGUGCAGUCCGGUCAUAAGACACUGGAAACCAAUACCUCCUGACUCAGCCCAAGUGCGCCCCAGAAUGUAUCGCUCUGUCGUCAGCCAAGCACCGACUCGACUGGAACAAGCCGCCCUGCUCUACUUACCCAUCCUGCACCAACCCAAGCAAAUGCCCACACUGUUACCAUGGAUCCAGUCCAUGCUGAGUCUCCUGCCCUAGCUGACUAACACAUGCGUCAUGCACAGUGUGUGUGUGUGUGUGUGUGUGUAGCUAGCUGGCAAAUUAGUCAGCAUAUCAAAUGUACCAGCACAAGCUGGAAACAGGAUCGAAGCAUCUGUCAUGAUGGACCAAGUGCUAGAGGGCUUUGACACUCUCUAACCUGAAGGGGUGACAGUUGUAGGCCAAGCAGAGUGGGUGACUCAGUCUCUUGUCAGUUAGACAUUUAUGACCGUUUAAAGACCAAUGAAUUCACAUGGAGUCCAUGAAGGGUAUUCUUAAACUGCGGAAAUGGCCAAACUCAAAUCAAAGCUGACCAAGCAGCAAAAUGUUUUUCUUAUAGUUGUUGUCUCUCUCUCUCUCUCUCUCUCUCUCUCUCUCUCUCUC